AUGGAAAACGGCUCAUCAUCCGAGGGCAAAGACCCUUCAGCCUUCCUCAGCGAGAUUAUCGGCGCGCCUGUCAUCGUGAAACUUAACUCCGGAGUCGUCUACAAGGGAGAACUCCAGUCAGUUGAUGGCUAUAUGAACAUCGCCCUCGAGAAAACCGAGGAGUACGUGAAUGGAAAACUCCGACGCAACUACGGUGAUGCUUUCGUACGAGGAAACAAUGUGCUCUAUAUCUCUGCGAACUAA